GUAUAAUAAAUAUCCUCAAUGAACCUCCAUAGAUGCAGACAAAUAUAUCUUGUGGGUUUUGAGGCCCAUUAUAAGAAUUGGGUAUCCUCCCGUUGAGACAAAGUUACAACUUAAAUAAGCAAGCUUCAGCUUGGACCCUUUUUUCAACAAAUGGUUAUAAUUAGGACACCAAUGAACCCCCUUCAUAUUUUUUCUGAUUUUUAUUUCUGUAAAAUAAGUCUGUAGUAGCGCAGUUCAACAGCUGUUUAAAGGGAUUAAAAAACAAUUUCUUGUUCAUGUAUGCAUAAUUUGCAAACAAAACAACAUGUAGAAUCUCAUAUUUAAAGCUUUUAAAUCUCUUGACAACAGUUGUGGUCGGUUUCGGGCAGAAAAAAGCCAAUUCAGGAAAUGUUUACAUUUUUAUCCUUAAAUGUACAAGUUCACGCGUGUUAGUGCAUUGUUAAAACAUUGUCAUAAAACAAAUUCCAUGUAAAUACUCCGGAAUACACGAUUACAUUAUUAUCUGUACGCAACUCUGUAUCUCGUUAUGCAAUCCGUUUGCAAUGAAUUGCAUUAAAUUCUAUGGCUAAAUUUUAUCCGGAACACACUUUUUUUUUUAUUAAUUUCCUUCCUUGUUAUAAUUGAUGCAUUUGUUAAGUUGUUUAUAUUCACAAGCAAGUCCACAAGAAGACAGUAAGUUUAUAUUUUUAUCUUAUUUAUUGUUUGUAUAAAAUCCAACUAUUUAGAUUUCAAGAUGUAAUCAACUUAUUUACUGUAGAUUCCUUAUUUUACGCGACUACUUAUUUCUGCGAUUCAGUCGUUUUCCAUCAAAUCGCAAGAACAUAAAAUUGCGCACGCCAAAGUUUCAUCAUAAUUUAAUGUAGUUUACGUAUGUUAGAAAAAUAAAAGCGAGAUUUUAAAAUUCGUGAAAAAUGCUUCUCGCGAUUAUACGCGAAUAAUAAUUCCUUGGGUUUAAUGAGGAAUCUAUAGUAUUACAGUGGAUCUACAUUGUUCUGUCAGUCUCGUUUGGUUUAUUUUAUAUGGUACCCCAAGAAGUACAUGUAUACUUAAUAUCUGAAUCUCAACCGGUACACACUUAUUUUGAAAUUACAUUCCUUGUUAUAAUAAAUAAUGUAUUUGUUUCAUUGCUUGAUUUUAAAAAACAUAUCCGCAUGCGUCAAGACAGAAAGUUUUAAAUCCAUCCGUUCAGUUUUCAAGAUUUAAUCUUUUAUUUUACAGUGCAUCUUCAUUGUUAUGUCAGUCUCGUUUUGUUUUUCAAUUUGUACCCCGAGAUUUGUUAUAUGUGUUGCGAUGGAAGACAUAAAAAUAAAAUAAGUAAUAAGAACACAUUCUCAGAUGACUGCAGAGUGUCAAUUCAAACAACGUGGACCAAUGAAAAAGAAAGAAAAAAUUCAGCAGACUUGUGGGAUUGCCUACAAAUGGAAACCUGUUCAGUGAACGUCACUAAAAGUAAAACCAAUACAUGUCUGUGUACAACAAAGCUCUGCGCAAAAAUUAAAUGCGAUGUGCUUCAGAAGGAUUGCAAUCAGUUGACAGUCUCUUGCAAGAUGACGACAAUCCCCGCAAAUCAUCAUGUUUGUUUAAAUUAUUCUUUGAUUAACGAUCUAAGAGAUCAAAACAUACAUAUCAUGGAGAAUGGCACCUGUAUAAAGCAUGGAGAAAGGGAAUAUGAAGUCAAAGAGACUCAACUGAGAAUCAAAGAUGUGUCAAAUAUUCAAACAGAUGCUAUUUUAAAUUUCAAAGAACAAAGGAACUCAAUGAUUCUCCAUGAAUUAAAAGAUGCAGUGAGUGAUCUGCUAAUUUCCACUAAACGCCAUCAAUCUGUCAUUGUAAUAAGUGAAAAAGCAUCGGUGUAUCUUUGUGUUACUGGGAUUAACAAGAAUCUAUGUAUCAUCAUAAAAUGUAGAGAAGAUGAACAUUUUUUCAAAGAUAAUGAAAAAAAUGGCACGUCAAGUACAAAAGACAUGCAGUAUUCGUUAUCAAACUUUUGGAAGCACUGGAAAGAUAAAAUCCUGCUCGUUAUCUUAGGAGUGUUUAUUUUUGGUGGAAUCUUAGGGUUCUUGUUUGGAAUUACACUAACAAGAAAGAGAAAAAUAAACCUGCAGACUGAAUAUAAGAGACGACAUCCACGCCACGCUUGUAACUCAGAACUUUAUGCAGAAAUCAGUGAAUCUUCUAACAUUAAAGAGAAGGGCCGAAAUCAAAACUCUUCUGAGGAGGUAGAGCUUGAAAAGGAAAGUAAAAGGAGUGCAAGUGAUGGUUUGGUUUCUAGUAGCAGUAGUAUGGACGGUGCUUACAGUAAUAUCUACAAUGUUUUACAGCAAAACUACGGACAAAGAAGAAAUUCCUAUCCUUUUGAUGACAUGGACUCAAAAAAGGUGUGCAAUAAAUAUUACAGUCUAGAGAAAUUGAAUGUUUCUAUGGAGUUCGAAGGACAGUUACAUAUACGGGACAAAACCCCGAUAUCCGUUGUUUUGUCAAAAUGAAAAUCAUUGAAUUUUUAAAAUAUGUAUUUCUAAAGAGGGAUGGACUAUCAUGUCCAUUUU